GCGGAAGUGACGUGCCGGCUGGGCGCUGGCGUGCGGCGGCCAUGGGCAGGAAGGAGCGCGAUAAGAAGAAGUCCAAGAAGCGCCAUUACGAUGACGACGAGGACGAUGAAGACGAAGCUCCCGGCAAGGAGUCGCAGGAGGCGGUGCCGUCCGCGGCGGGGAAGCAGGUGGAGGACAGCGGCACCAAGGUGGACGAGUACGGGGCGAAGGACUACAGGCACCAGAUGCCCCUGAAGGCCGACCACGCCUCGCGCCCCCUCUGGGUGGCUCCUGAUGGCCAUAUUUUUCUGGAAGCCUUUUCUCCAGUUUACAAAUACGCGCAGGAUUUUUUGGUUGCCAUUGCUGAGCCUGUGUGCAGACCAACCCACAUUCACGAAUACAAGCUGACUGCUUACUCACUGUACGCUGCUGUUAGUGUUGGCCUACAAACAAGUGACAUCACAGAGUAUUUGCAAAAACUGAGCAAAACUGGUGUCCCAGAUGGAAUAAUUCAGUUUAUCAAGCUGUGCACUGUCAGCUACGGGAAGGUGAAGCUGGUACUGAAACAUAACAGGUAUUUUGUGGAAAGUACCCACCCUGAUGUCAUUCAGCAGCUUCUGCAAGACCAUGUUAUUAGAGAGUGUCGCCUGAGAAAUGCCGAGGGUGAAGAAACAGAGCUCAUUACAGAGACGUUCACAAGUAAAUCAGCGAUUUCCAAAUCCAGUGAAGGUGGCUUUGGUCCGUCAACAUCACAGGGCACAGAUGCUCAGAAUAAGCCAGAUGUCCCAGCUGACUUAUUUGAGUUUUAUGAACAGAUGGACAAAGAUGAGGAGGAGGAGGAAGAAACGCAGACAGUGUCUUUUGAAGUCAAGCAGGAGAUGAUUGAAGAACUUCAGAAGCGUUGUAUCCAUUUGGAGUACCCCUUGCUGGCAGAAUAUGAUUUCAGAAAUGAUUCUGUGAAUCCUGAUAUUAAUAUAGAUCUGAAACCUACAGCUGUCCUCAGGCCCUAUCAGGAGAAAAGCCUAAGGAAGAUGUUUGGAAAUGGACGAGCCAGAUCUGGUGUUAUUGUCUUGCCAUGCGGUGCUGGCAAGUCUCUGGUUGGAGUGACAGCUGCUUGUACUGUCCGCAAGCGGUGUCUGGUCCUUGGGAAUUCUGCAGUGUCUGUAGAGCAGUGGAAAGCCCAAUUCAAGAUGUGGUCCACCAUUGACGAUAGUCAGAUAUGUCGGUUCACUUCUGAUGCCAAAGACAAGCCCAUUGGCUGUUCUAUUGCUAUCAGCACAUAUUCCAUGUUGGGACACACAACGAAAAGAUCCUGGGAAGCAGAAAGAGUAAUGGAGUGGCUUAAAAGUCAAGAGUGGGGCCUUAUGAUACUUGACGAAGUGCAUACUAUCCCUGCAAAAAUGUUCAGACGUGUGCUCACUAUUGUCCAAGCUCACUGUAAACUGGGGCUGACUGCUACCCUGGUCAGAGAAGAUGAUAAAAUUGUUGACCUGAACUUCCUGAUUGGACCAAAGCUCUAUGAAGCCAACUGGAUGGAGCUGCAGAACAGUGGCUACAUUGCUAAAGUCCAGUGUGCUGAGGUUUGGUGCCCAAUGUCACCUGAAUUUUACAGAGAAUAUGUAGCUAUCAAAACAAAGAAACGGAUACUGCUGUACACCAUGAACCCAAAUAAAUUCAGAGCCUGCCAGUUCCUGAUUAAGUUUCAUGAGCGACGGAAUGAUAAGAUCAUCGUAUUUGCUGACAAUGUGUUUGCACUGAAGGAGUAUGCAAUCAGACUUGGGAAACCCUAUAUAUAUGGUCCUACUGCACAAGGAGAAAGAAUGCAAAUUCUGCAAAACUUCAAGCACAAUCCAAAAAUCAACACUAUUUUUAUUUCCAAGGUAGGUGACACAUCCUUCGAUCUGCCAGAAGCCAAUGUUCUGAUUCAGAUAUCGUCCCAUGGUGGGUCUCGAAGACAGGAGGCUCAAAGACUGGGACGAGUGCUGAGAGCCAAAAAAGGCAUGGUUGCGGAGGAAUACAAUGCCUUUUUUUAUUCUCUUGUAUCCCAAGACACUCAGGAAAUGGCAUAUUCAACAAAGCGACAACGGUUUCUUGUAGAUCAAGGUUAUAGCUUCAAGAUGUUUGCUGCCUUAUUCUUGAAAAUUUGGAGACUCUACCUCAUCUUUAGGUAAUUAUUUCAAUGCCGACGUCCUAUCCUUCAGAAUUUUUGUUCCUAAAUUAGUAAAAAUUCAUUACCCCUUUAAAAGUGUAACAGUUUUCACUUUUUUUCUAGGACUUACUUUCUUCUCACCAUCUCUCAAUAGCUUCAUUCUCUGCUCCUCACCAAAAAGAGGACUCGAAUAUUUUUUUGCUAAAUCACAUCAUUUGUCUUUGCUUCUUAAAUAGGAGCCUUGUCAUCACAAUUUACUGCUUGGAGUUUACUGCUGGCAGGCUUUUUUCUGUUAGCUAACCAUAGUUUAGUUAUUUACUGUAUUGUGGUUUUAUUUAGAGGCUGAAUGUAGGAUACAUUAAAUUUUAAACCAAUAGCAGAAGAACUCACUAUAUCAAAGAAAAGGGGAUAACUUUAAACUUGGCAUCUGUUGAACAGCUUAAAAAAUGAUGAUGCAGUGGGAAUUCUUUCCAUUCUAUGAAUCACAUUAGCACUGUUUUGCAACCACAACUGGAAAAAGGCUAACACAAUUUAAAAUUGCUUUUCAUGAGUCCUUUUUCUUUAUUUUUGAGGUGAGCAUAGCACAUGUCCUUCUAAAUAAACAAGAAGGGGGACCAUAGUGUUCCUUUAGUCAUCAGGUGGGACAGGUUUCUUCCCUGAAUGGAUUCUUAAAGCUGGGACAUUUCUUAGAAAGACAUUCACUUUCAAAUUAGAAAUUGCCAUUGACAACAGCCCACAACACUCAUUAUUUGUUCUAGUGUUUCACUACCCUGUUUUUCAAAAAAGUUACUUUGUGUCUAAUGUGGAUUUGUUUUACUUUAAGCUGUAUUUAUAUUUUUUUAUCAGUUUUUGUGAUCAGAUCCAGCCCAGAUUACUGAGCUAAUUAGUUUCUGAUUGUACUGACUGAAGAGAUAAGCUGAAAAAGGAAGAUGAGGAGGGAAAACACUACAUAAUCAAGGGAAAUAGCUGAAUUAGAAUGUCUUUCUCAAAACCUCUUCAAGUUGCAAACACAAUGGGAAAACUUAGAUUCUCAUGUAUAAGCAUAUGUUUACCAGAAUGCAUUUAACUGCAGGAAAAAAUAUUGUGAAAUUUUCAAAAUACCUGUAAUGAAGAAAGCAAACUGCCUAUUGUGAAGCUUUAUAACAGAAGCUUGGGAGCCUUUCAAUUCUUCAGGAGGUUUUUCAGCUAAAGGAGUAUAUGGCACUGUGUUGCCAGCAGAUGGCAUGUGCCCUGCAUCUGUGGUUAUCAAAUGAGUUAAUAAGAAUUUCAGAGAGAACAAACGUAACAGCUAAGUUAUCUUCUGUUUAAGUAUGCAGAUGUUGAAAGAGCCCUUUUGCUCUGCUGCUUUGUUGCAGGUUACUGCACUGUCAACAACUGAUCAUACAUCUCAAUUUGUUAGGUUUUUUUUCCGUUAUUCCUCAAUGCUUAUGCUGGAAAGCUAGUGGAUUAUUUUUGUUAAAUAUAAAGAACUAGAGCCCACAGCAUGAAGCUAAACAUGGCAGUAAGUUGAAUAUGCUUCUGAGCUGUGUGUGCUUCGGUCAGGUUCUUGGUCAGGCUGGAAUGGACAGUGUUUGGCUGACAUUCUCUUGUUGAGAGCUGCUCUCUCUUUUCUCUCUCUCUUCUCUCUUCUUUUCCAAAAGGUUUGUAUGUUGCAUUUCCAGCUAGAAUAUAACAAUGGGUGUGUGUAUAUAUAUGUGUGUACACCAUGUAGCAGGAUUUUAUAUAUGUCUGUGCUGUCUGUAGUGUUAAGCUGUUCAGACCAUUAAUAAAAGUUGAAGGCAGUUCCAACAGGAUAUGGAAUCAGAAAUCCUUUUCUUGGUUUUGAAUAGCUAACAGGAGGAAGAGCGCUCACCUUGUACUGUG